AUGAAGACUUGCUUUGUUUCUUUCCUGGCGCUUUCUACUAGCGUUACUGCCUUUGCACCAGCUUCCUCCUCUCAACAACAACAACAACAACAACAACAACAACAACAACGACAGCAAGAACCAUCAUCCUUCUUGUUGUUGUCGGCUGCUUCUCCCUUGGAAGUCGACACUGCGGAUGCUCCGUUGGAUCCCUUUGACGCCUUUGAUUCCACUGCCGAAGACAUUGUCAUUCGCGAGACUGUCGCAGGAAGUGGAGAAGCAGUCGGAGAUGGCGAUGUGGUCACGGUCAAGUACGAAAGCCGCCUGUUUGAAUCUCAAGUCAAAUUUGGUUCCACCGAAUCUCUGGCCGUCAAGUUGGGCGACGGUGCCUUGGUCAAGGGCUUUGAGCAAGCCUUGACGGGCAAAAAGGUGGGAUCUCAAUUCACCGUCCGCAUUCCUUCCAAGUUGGCUUGGGGAAACCGCGGGAAGGAAUCCCAAAUGACGGGACGGAUCGUCGUUCCACCGGGAAGUGAUAUCGAAUUUGAUGUCGAGGUCUUGGACGUUGCCACUGGAUUCAUGGGAGAAUUAGAAAUAUUUGGAAAGGAUCGUGCUCUUGGUUUGAUUGCUUGUUUUGCUUUGAGUGCUGGUGCUCCAGCCAUUGAAAAGUUUGUGGACAAGGUCUUUUCAUAA